GUAGAUAGUGAACGUUGCGGACGUUAUAUGCUAUUGUACCACAGACCACACCUCGCUAGUUACGGGGUAAUGAAGAUUAUCCGUUGAAGAUCUGCGUCCCGCCUCUGUCUUAUCUCUUAUCACAUUUCUAAUCUUUAAGCGCAUUACCAACAAGUUACAUCAAAGCCGCUCCUGUAUUUACGCGCUAACCACUUUGUACCUACUCCCAAUCGCCUUGUUCUCCUCCUAUCCGAACUGCGCUCACAAUCGUCGUACAAAUAUUUUCUCUCGUUUUUACAUAAAUGUAAAAAAAACGUCGUAGCAUAAUCCGGUGACUGUUGAACGCCUUCACAUUUCACAAAGUCGCAUCGAACUUCUAUUAUCAUGCAGUCAUCGUUUCGUAGUAAGAUUAUGUAAUGUCGCGAGUAAACAUUGGGAAUUUUAAAGAGGCUGACACUCAAAGGUCGUUGUUCUAAUCUUUUCGUAAUUGUUAGAUGAGCAGCAACAGUGAAAGGUGCGUAUGACCAGUAACCAUCCUAAUAAACAAUAAUAAACGUGUUGCGUUAUUGUUGUGCUGUUCUAAAUAAAGAAAGUGAUACCGCAGUGGAUAAACUGGAGUGAGUCCCUUCGGCUUGAUGAGUGCGUGCAGUCGUGUGGGUGCAGUUAUUUUUAGGACUUAAUGGCGUAAACCAGAGCCGGACUUUGAUUUAAUGUUUGUUGAUCCGCGUUUAGGAUUUUGGUUCGAUUUCGUGUUUCAGGCAGAAAAAUUAUAACAAAGAUGGAGAUUUUUGGUAUCAAGUUUGCUCCGUUAAAUGUACCUCUGGAAAGGCGGUUACAAACACUAGCUGCGGCAGCAUGGAUGGUAACGAUGACAUUUGGAGGCAUAAUAGGAUUCUCGCUACUUUUAUAUUUACUCUUGUUUACAAAACUAUGGUGGUUGGCCUGCAUAUAUGUUGUGUGGGCAUACAUCGACAGAGACAUUUGUGAAAGAGGUGGAAGACCUUUCAAAUGGGUUAGAUCUUGGAGAUGGUGGAAAUACAAUAGAGAUUACUACCCUCUACGCUUCGAGAAAGUUCCUUUUGUUGAAUUAGACCCCAAGAAGAAUUAUCUAUUCUGCAGUUUCCCGCAUGGCAUGCUAUCCUGUGGAGCGUUCAAUGCUUUUGGUACAGAAUAUAGUGAAUAUAGAAGUUACUUUCCACAUCACGAACCGAGAAUCGUUACUCUCUCCCAACACUAUUACAUGCCAUUAUUCAGGGAGUUGGCGAUGUCUCUAUCUGGUAUUGCGGCUUCAGCAAAGUCUAUAGGCUAUCUUCUGAGUAGACCAGAAGGCGGCCAUGCUUGUAUCCUAAUGGUAGGAGGAGCUGCAGAGGCUUAUUUUUGUAAACCCGGUCAUUACAGGGUGGUACUUAAUAGCAGAAAAGGCUUUGUAAGAUUGGCACUAACCACUGGAUCGCCACUUGUACCUGUAUUUAAUUUCGGCGAAAUUGAUCUUUUUGACCAGCUGGAGGGUCAAAGACUGAGGAAUAUUCAAGAAUUUUUAAGAAAAUAUAUCGGUUUAGCACCCGUCAUUCCUAUCGGAAGAGGAUUCUUUCAAUAUUCUUUUGGAAUAAUUCCUAGAAGGAGAGAAGUUGUGACAGUAGUUGGUAGGCCGAUCGACUUACCAAAGAUAGAAAACCCGACUAGGGAGCAAGUUGAUGAGUACCACAAACUAUUUGUGGAUAAACUGAAAGAAUUGUUCGAGGAACAGAAACAUAACUACUUAAAGGAUGCAGAUGAGAAACAACUGUUUAUUGUGUAAUAUAUAUUUUUGUAAAUUUGAUAUUUUUAUUGUAUCAAUAUUAUAAUUGUUGUGAUAAAUUACAUUACAAUUCCUAA